ACGUUGCAUUCCUUAACUGUUCUGUACCUGGUUUGAGAGAAUCAGCAUGGCGGUGAUCCUCCUGAACUGCAUCACCCUGGGGAUGUACCAGCCCUGCAGCGACCUCGAGUGCGCCUCCACACGCUGCAAGAUCCUCGAAAAGUUUGACCACUUCAUCUUCGCCUUCUUUGCUGCAGAAAUGAUCGUCAAAAUAAUCGCCAUGGGAGUCUACGGGAAAUAUACCUAUCUGGAUGAUUCCUGGAACCGCCUAGAUUGUUUUAUUGUGAUAGCUGGAGCCAUUGAGUACGGCGUCGACAGUGAGAACCUCAGUCUUUCAGCAAUAAGAACCAUUCGAGUUUUACGUCCAUUACGUGCUAUAAAUAGAAUUCCAAGUAUGCGGAUCCUGGUGAUGCUGCUGUUGGACACCCUACCUAUGUUAUGGAAUGUCCUUCUCUUGUGUUUCUUUGUCUUCUUUAUUUUUGGAAUAAUUGGAGUUCAGCUCUGGGCAGGAGUACUACGAAACAGGUGCUUCCUGGAUGUUAGUGAAAAUAUCUCAUAUUCUUAUGCAAAUCUUAGUCCAUACUAUGUUCCUAAGAAGAUAGGUAGUAUGCCCCAGUCUGACUACAUCUGUAGUAAAGCCGGCGAGUCGGGGAUGAGAUACUGCUCCGGACUGCCGCGGUUUGAGUACGAGGGCAUUAAAUGUAACGCCUCCGCUCGACCGUUCAGCAAUAACACGCCCACCAAUGACUCGUGUGUCAAUUGGAACCAGUACUACACAAACUGCACCGCAGGCGAUAAAAAUCCAUUCCAGGGAGGAGUCUCAUUUGACAAUAUUGGACUCGCAUGGGUGGCCAUUUUUCAGGUGAUCAGCUUGGAAAGUUGGGUCAACAUUAUGUACUAUGUGCAGGACGCUCAUUCUUUUUGGGACUGGAUCUACUUUGUUGCUUUAAUUGUGAUUGGAUCAUUUUUCAUGAUAAACCUGUGUCUGGUAGUCAUAGCAACACAAUUCUCAGAGACAAAGAAGAGAGAGACAGAACGAAUGAUGCAGGAGAGGAAGCGAUUUCAAUCCUCAAGUACCCUGGCCAGUAAUUCAGAGCCCGGAGGGUGCUACGCAGAAAUCCUCAAAUAUUUAGCUCACUGUUGGCGUCGUGCCAAACGAAAAGUGCUCAGAGCCUAUUACAAUGCUAGAGGCAAAACCCAUAAGAACAGGAAGGUCAAACCUGAACUGUCACUGCGACGUAAACGCCACAAAGAGAUUCCGGAGGAUUUAUUGGAGGCUAUUAAUGACAAACAGAUUCAGAACCUGGUGAACAGUAUAGAGAAGCAAGGGGGCGUUCCUCGAUGUCAUCAUGUGACUCACGACGUCCCCGAAUCGGACGACUCGGAGUCUAAAGACUCGCACAACGAACCCAAAACAAUUUGUGGUAUGCUUGCAGCUUGUAAAAAGAACUUCCAGCAGGGAAUGAAGACAUUUGUGGAACAUAAAUUCUUCCGUCAAGGGAUUCUGACUGCUAUUCUGAUCAACACCCUCAGCAUGGGCAUAGAAUAUCAUAAUCAGCCUGAAGAACUAACUGAAGCUCUGGAGUACAGUAAUCUGGUAUUCUCCAUUCUUUUUGCUGUGGAAAUGUUUUUUAAACUUUGUGCUUAUGGAUUUGUUGGUUACAUUCAAGAUGGAUUCAAUGUCUUUGAUGGAUUUAUUGUAAUUCUAAGUAUGGUGGAAUUAACACAGCAAGGGGGAGCUAGUGGUCUGUCCGUGUUGAGAACGUUCAGGUUGCUACGGAUACUGAAGCUUGUCCGGUUCCUUCCAGCGCUUCGUAGACAACUGGUGGUGAUGCUUCGGACAAUGGAUAAUGUCGCCACAUUCUUUGCCUUAUUAGUUUUAUUUAUUUUUAUAUUCAGCAUUCUUGGAAUGAACUUAUUUGGCUGUAAGUUCUGUAAAACAAAGCCAGAUGGGUCCCGAUAUUGUAACCGCAAGAAUUUUGAUUCCCUUCUGUGGGCAAUUAUAACGGUGUUUCAGGUAUAAGCAACAGCUAGUCAAACAAAUGUACUGGGCAUGAAUCUGUUUGGUGGCAAAUUUUGUUGGCGUGGCAAUGGUACGCUCUGCACAUGUUUGGAUGCCCUUGACCCUUCAAUGGACUGCCAGUGUGAGAGGGCCAAUUUUAACACACUGUUAUGGUCAGUGGUAACAGUUUUCCAGGUGCUGACACAAGAGGACUGGAACACAGUCCUGUACAAUGGGAUGCAGACAACCUCUGCCUGGGCCUCACUAUACUUCAUAGCUCUGAUGACCCUGGGGAACUACGUACUGUUUAACCUCUUAGUCGCCAUCUUAGUGGAAGGAUUCUCAACAGAGGAAGAAGAAAAGAAGAAAAUGAAGUUAGAAAACAAAGAAAAGGAACUUAGGAGCAUUUUGUCUGAAACCAACAAUAAUGAGGAAAAAAAUGAAAGCAUCAAACUUCAGAGUCUGGAUAUCGUGCAAGGCAAAAUUAACAACACAGAACGAGCCAAAAUGCUGGGUGUAGCUUGCCAAAAUCCCACUGUUAAAGAUGACAAUGCCAAGACCAGCCCACCAAUCACCGCCCAGCCUGAUCUUAACCCCCCAAUCAUCACCCACACAGCUGCCACACCCAUGCCCACCCCCCAGGGAUCCCCCAACGAACACGGACCCAAAGAGUGCAAUAAGGUCACCCUGUGUGUCCAUCCCCCGGUAGAAAUGAGUACUCUGUCAGUGAGGUCAUCUUCUACAAAUUCCAGUUUACGAGCCUCCCCACGUCUUUCACCUCGCCUCUCCCCGCGAAUCUCUCCCCGACCGUCACCCUGCCUCUCUCCUUGCCUUCGUAGAUCUCUAAGUUCUGGUAGCCGUAGCAACAGCUGGAGGAGAGGGCGGUCACAAGAUGGUGACAGAAAGUGCCUUGUUCCCGAAUGUAAGGUCGACAGCAUGGAUACCGACGACGACGACGUGUUCCAGUUAACAUGUCCCUCACCAACUGUAAAUAGAAAUGAAUGCAAUGGCCACCUGCCCCUAAACAACCAGAGGACCCUAAGCCCCCAGAAUUCCAUCAAACGACCAGUCCCGUCCCCUCGGAACUCCUUCAAGAUCCGCAACAAUUCGUGUAGCAGCACUCAGAGUAACUGUAACUCCAUUCUUCUCAGUCGACAGAAUUCCUUCAACAGCCGACGCACGCUCAACUCGCUGUCGUCAAUGAGCGCGGUGCUCAGGGAGGAGGUCAAACAGAACAACCUGACCGAGGGCACCACCUCCCCCACCCAGGUGGAGGUCAGUCUGAUCGGGGUGGAGGGGGAGGUGGACCCCGACGCUAUAGAUGAGACGAACUGCAGCUACUCUUGGUGUCCUGAGCCCCACGGUUGCUUUAAGACUCGUCAUGAGCACGCCCUCUACAUCCUGGCCCCUAACAACGCCCUCAGGAGGGUGUGUCACCAUCUGAUGGCACAGCAGUGGUUCGACAACACCGUGCUCUUCUUCAUCGCUCUCAACUGUAUAACACUGGCCAUGGAGCGUCCCAACAUACCACCCGACAGUGUUGAGAGAGAAUUCCUGAAUUAUUCCAAUUACGUGUUUACCUGUGUGUUCACUAUUGAGAUGAUGAUAAAGGUGUUAGCUAAGGGUCUGGUGAUCGGACAGCACGCGUACCUGAAGAGUGGCUGGAACAUCAUGGAUGGAUUUCUGGUAGCGAUCUCUCUUGUGGACAUACUGAUCUCAAUCUCUGCUGAUAGCAGCCCCAGGAUUUUUGGAAUUUUAAGAGUUUUCAGGCUUCUUCGAACUUUGCGACCACUAAGAGUUAUUAGCCGAGCCCCAGGCUUGAAACUUGUUGUACAAACUUUAUUAUCUUCCCUUCGACCCAUUGGAAACAUUGUUCUUAUUUGCUGUACAUUCUUCAUCAUAUUUGGAAUACUAGGAGUUCAGCUGUUUAAGGGGACAUUUUAUUACUGUAAAGGCCCUGAUGUCCAAAACAUCAAGAACAAGACACAGUGUUUGACUGAGGACAAGAAAAAUGUCUGGAUCAAUCAAAAGUAUAAUUUUGAUGAUCUGGGACAGGCUCUGAUGGCCCUGUUUGUUCUGGCCUCUAAGGACGGUUGGGUCAGUAUCAUGUAUACUGGACUGGACGCAGUGCCGAUAGAAAACUACAGUGAAUGGCGACUUCUUUACUUCAUCUCUUUCCUUCUUUUGGUUGGAUUCUUUGUCCUUAACAUGUUUGUGGGCGUCGUGGUGGAAAACUUCCACAAGUGUCGACAGGAUCAGGAAAUAGAAGAACGAGAACGUCGCACUGCAAAACGGAAAUAUAAGAUGGAGCAGAAAAAAAAGAGUGAGCGUAAUACCGAGACAGAGCUAAAUCGACCCCCGUACUGGGCAGACUACUCAGCGAGUCGGCUCAUCAUACACCAGGUCGUGAACAGCAAGUACUUUGACCUUGCUAUUGCUAUGGUUAUAGGGUUAAAUGUCAUCACCAUGGCUAUGGAAUACUACAUGAUGCCAGCGGAACUAGAGUUUGCCCUGAAGAUUUUUAAUUACUUUUUUACCAGUGUGUUUAUUAUUGAGGCCUCACUGAAGAUUUUAGCCCUGGGCCUCGUACGAUACAUCAAAGACAGGUGGAACCAGCUUGAUAUGUUUAUUGUAAUUCUGUCGAUUGUGGGAAUCAUUCUGGAGGAGAUGAAAACAAACGUAAUUCCAAUCAACCCAACCAUCAUCAGGGUCAUGAGAGUGCUUAGAAUUGCGAGAGUGUUGAAGCUGUUGAAGAUGGCGAAGGGAAUCCGCGCGCUGCUGGACACGGUGAUACAGGCCUUGCCGCAGGUCGGCAAUCUAGCCCUGCUCUUCUUCCUUCUCUUCUUUAUCUUCGCGGCUCUCGGAGUCGAGCUGUUUGGGAGACUAGAAUGCUCGGAGGCCCAUCCCUGUGAGGGGUUAGGGGAACACGCCCACUUUAAGGACUUUGGAAUGGCAUUUCUGACCUUGUUUAGAGUUGCCACUGGAGACAACUGGAAUGGAAUUAUGAAGGACACCCUGCGUGACGACUGCGACUCCUCGGAGAAAUGUCUGACAAACUGCUGCGUCAGUACGUUUAUCGCCCCCGUCUUCUUUGUAGUGUUCGUCCUGAUGGCCCAGUUUGUCCUCGUGAACGUAGUGGUGGCCGUCCUCAUGAAACAUUUAGAGGAAACAUACAAACAUAAGGAGAUAGACGACGAGCUAGAGGCAGCGUUCAAGAUGGAGUGUAGCGUCAAUAACGAGAUGCUACGCUUAACGGUCAAGGAGUCCCACAGGUUGCUGGACGAUGAUGGAGGGAAUGGGGAGGAUCCAGAAAAGGACGGAGAGGAGGAGGAAGACGACGUCGACGGAAAUGUCACAAAAGAUGAGGAGGUGCCUGCUAUACUUGGGACCCCGAGACCCUCCUUCCCUCGGAGACUUCGUACCCCGGUCUGUAAACAAAUCUCUCUACCCCCCAGCUUUACCUUCCGACCCCCAAGUAACGAACCUCCAGAUGAAGAUGACAAAGGUCAGUUAGUUCCUGUGGACAUUACAAUCUCUAAUUACGGCAGUUCUAUGGAGGUCAGUCUGGAUAUGUCGGGAUCCAGUCUGGAUGUCCCCCCCUCCCCCUACUCCUCCAGUUACUCCGAUAAUUCCAGUUACGCCGAACCCGCAGUGGAUGAGAAUAUGUUAGCCAUUCCACGACUGGCAGAGGAACCUCAUAGAAAAUCCACCAGUCCUCAGCAAAAACAACGAUUAAGAGACAGGAAGUUAGUACGGCAGAAAAGCUGUGAAUACGAAAGUCCGCCUGCCACAGCUCAUGUAGAGCCAAUACGGACUCCAAAUAUAGGGCGCUGUCAGGCGGCGAGUUGUGAUAAUCCUGUGUCAUUGUCACAGCCCACGCUAAACAAGAAUCUAUACGAACAAGGCGAGGAAGGCUCAAAAGUGAACAAGUCACACAACCCUAUCAUCAAACUGAAGUGUUUACAUCGGAGUCAGAGCAGUGGCUCAGAAAAAGUUAGGCUGAGAGAGAAACAUGUGGCAGGGGCUCGGGUUCAAAUGAGACCCACUACUCUUCACGCUCUAGUGAAUGCUUUAUCCAAUUAUUCACAAGAACAAAACUCUCUAGCCUUGCCAAAUGUUCAAGUGACACAGAAUUCUCCUGUGAUAUGUAGGAAAAAACAAGGACAACAUCAUAAACUAGAGGUGGCCCAGGUGCCCUCCCCAAACCCCACUCUUCCUCACAGAAAUUCCAGUUCUAAACAAAGUCUGUUCAAGCGGAGUAGCACAUAUGAGUCCGAUUCUUGUGAACUGUCCGGCCCGGACUGGGCAGCGGAGGAGGCUGCCUGCGACGAGGAGGUCCGUCUAAUCACGGGCGACAGUACGGACCACGACGACGUCGAGGACUUAGAAUGUGAAGAGGUGACUUGUCCCUUAGUUAAUGACCACAAUCGGAGUCAGGAUCACCUCAGUAUAGGAAAUUCCAGUAACUCUCAAGAGACACUGAUCUGUGAUGAUCAAAGUUCUAUAACCCAGAGAAAAAGUGACGAGUGUUGUGUGCCGUGUGAGAGUGUAUCAUCCACCCCUAAUCCCCCCUCCCUAGCCCCGACCUCAGUGCCUUCCCUAGACCCCAGUGUACUAGUAGACCCUCCCUCUCCUGACAAGGAAUCCUGUAGAAUCCGUUUGAACAGCGACAGUAAGGAGAGUAGUGAUACCGACCUCUCGGGGGCGGAAUGUCCCUAUGAUUCCGAGGAGCCGAUGUUAGACAACUCAGGGGAGCCAACUCCUGCUACAGCCGGCUCGGGGGCAUGUCUCAAUGUUCCUGUGAUAAAUUCUGAUGACUCUUGUGUCAGAAGGCGGACUCCAAACCUAGUUCAUCAGACAAGUGACUCCUGAUGGUCAUAGGUGAAGGGUCAAAGGUCGUUAAAGUGUGGAUUUGUGUGGUGCCUCAUGAAUGAGGGUAACCCUCGGAAACUUUGUUCUCCAGUAGAGGGCAGCACUUUCUGAAGACUUGUGAUGAUUUUGUCGGGUGAAAUCCAUGUACUUGUUAAAAUUUUUAUGUUUGUCCUGUUUCCUGCAUGGCUUGCCUGUUUAACAGAGCAUUUAAGAGUUCUCUCCCUUUGUAUAACUCGAACAUUUUAUAAAAUCAGGUCAUUAUAAAUGAAUAGAAUGAGAGUUAUGAAAGGUUCCUAUGUAAGCUAAAUGUUCCAUAAAAUAAUUAAGAUGUAAAAUCUGUUUUGGGAUCCAAUAGAUUGCAAUGAAGUCUAGGGAGAAUAAAAGUUUGAUGUGGUGUAAAUAUUUUGUGGUAAUGUCAUACAUAACUAGAGCUUCAUUGUUAUUGUAUUUUUUACUUGUGAAGAACUAUUUCAAAAGCAACAGGAAAAAAAGCCAAAUCCUUUUAAUGUUUAUCCAUCUCUGACCAAUGCAACAUUGAUAUGACUGGCGUGAGCUGUAUGUGUGUUUGUCUGUUUGAAUGACUGUUUUAAAGCAAAACUUUCCACAUAUCAUUUGUUUUAUGACCAUGCUCAUGCCCUCCACAUAUUUGAUGUUAUCAUUGAUUAAUGCUUUCUCAUUAAGAUCUCAGACCUUGUGCCACCUUCUGCUCUCAUUUGUGUAUUUAAUCCUUAUAUUUUCUUCAUUUCAAACAACACUUCGGGUUUUCUUGAAAAUAGUCAUUUUUUAUGACAAUAUUAUAUAUAUAUCUUAUGGCCGCAAUGGUUCAAUUGCACUACAACUUGGUCUUCAGGAUGAAGAUGUAGAAACUCUAACAGUUUUAAAUUCUUUUUACCAAGAUUUUUUUUUCAAUGAAAUAAGAUAAAUUUAUGUCAUUAGUUCUUAAACUUGAAGCUAAAAGUCAGUUUUUUUCCAGUUGUGAAUUGAAUCUCAUCUUUACUAGUUAACGUCUGUCGGAUUUUUUUUAAUGAAAUUAUAUGACUUGCCUGGGUUAAGUGCAAUAUUGGGUAUUUAGUAUUAUAGUUUUUAGAUCUAUUAUAAUGAUGUGAUAUUUUCAACGAAUGUGGUUGUUGCCAUAUUGAAGAAAAUGAUUUUUAUACUGAAAAUGUGAUCAUGUUUUUCUUUAUCAAUAAUGAUCUUCUACACUUGUUUUAUAAUCCAUUACAUUACUUUAAUACUUGUUUUUGUAAUAUAUUACAUGGACUUGUGUUUUAUCUAUUGCAUAACAUAGACUUGUUACACCCCCCCGCAAACGAAGUUUUGGGGGGUAUAUAGGAAUCACCUUGUCCGUCCAUCCGUCUGUCCGUCUGUCUGUGCAAUCGUGUCCGGUCCAUAUCUUUCUUACAGAGGGACAUUAGAAUCUACUACUCCACACAAAGAUUGCCCAUGAUGUAAGGGUGUGUUAUGCCCUUGACCCAAGGUCAUUUGGGGAACUUUAAGGUCACUGGAAGAAAAAUUUCAUAAUUCGUGUCCGGUCCAUUAUCUUUCUUGAAGAUAAACUUGGUAGGUUCUCGUUUCACACAAAGAUUGCCCAUGACCCAAGGGUGUGUCAUGACCUUGACCCAAGGUCAUUGGGGAAGUUCAAGGUCACUGGAAGAAAAAUUUCAUAAUUCGUGUCCGGUCCAUAUCUUUCUUAUGGAUAAACUUGGUAGGUUCUCCUUUCACACAAAGAUUACCCAUGAAGCAAGGGUGUGUCAUGACCUUGAUCCAAGGUCAUUUGGGGAAGUUCAAGGUCACUGGAAAAAAAAUUUCAUAAUUCGUGUCCGGUCCAUAUCUUUCUUAUGGAUAAACUUGGUAGGUUCUCAUUCCACACAAAGAUUGUUAAUGGCCCAAGGGUGUGUCAUGACCUUGAUGCAAGGUCAUUUGGGGAAGUUCAAGGUCACUGGAAGAAAAAUUUCAUAAUUCGUGUCCGAUCCAUAUCUUUCUUAUGGAUAAACUUCGAAGGUUCUCAUUUCACACAAAGAUUGCCCAUGACCUAAGAGUGUGUCAUGACCUUGACCCAAGGUCAUUUGGAGAAGUUCAAGGUCACUGGAAAUAAAAUUCAUAAUUUGUGUCCGAUCCAUAUCUUUCUUAUGGAUAAACUUGGUAGGUUCUCAUUUCACACAAAGAUGCCCAUGACCCAAGGGUGUGUCUUGACCUUGACCCAAGGUCAUUUGGGGAAGUUCAAGGUCACUGGAAGAAAAAUUCAUGUUUGAUACAUAUCUUCAUUAAGGAAAAACUUACUUCUGAAAAACCCAGCGGGGGGUAUUUUGUCCCGUUUGGACAGUUCUAGUUUGAUUUGCACAUGUAAUUUACUGAGUAACUUUGACCUGCUUGAAAUGUAGGUGUUCUCAUUCUGUUACAUUGACCUGACUUGUACAUGUAAUCUCUAUUACAUUGACCUGACUUGUACAUGUAAUCUCUAUUACAUUGACAUGACUGACUGGUAUAGGUUAUCUCUCUAUUACACAGACUUGACUUAUUGCCCCAUCAUAUUAACUUGAAUGGUUGCUCUUUUACAUUGACCUGAUUGCAAUUUUUUUCCAGUGAUGCUCAGUUUCAAAGAAAUAAAAAUUCACAACUCAUACUCGCAAACUCUUUAUAUGUUUUGAUAUCUGUAUAUUGUAUCUUCAAGACUUUCUGUACAAAUAUGUUUUUCAAUUUUAGAUUACAUCUUUUGGCCCUCUAUCAAACCACUUUACAGCAAUUUAACAGAUUUUUACUAUUUUAUAUAUCAAACUUUGUUUUAUUAUUUUCAAAAUGGGAAACAGUCCAAUCAUUGUAGAAAUAAAAAUCCAAAUAAUCUCUGAAGACAUUGACAACAAGAAAGUUAACUAUUGAUAAAUUCUUGAACUGUUUAUGUAAUAACUUUAUAGCAGACUGGCCUGCGCAAGUCAGUUAUUUCUUUGUUCCGCUAUAUUCUGACAGUAUGACGUGACGUGCAUGUGAUGCCUGUUUAUACUGUGUGUGUGAGAUGGUGUAGUGAUACAAUUUUUUUCUUCACUAGCUCAGGUAGUUAGGUCACCUUUUGAGUGGUGUUUUUAUAAGAAAUCCUGUGGCAGAUUCAUUAAUGUACAGAAGUCUCUUUUGUAAUGUUUUUGUUUUAUCACAUUUUAUGUAUAUUUAGACAUUCACGAAUUGAUGAAAAUUAAAAAUGGAUUUUAAAUUGUA